CAGGUCUUGGUUGUACCAUAGACAAAAUUGUGCUGUACUGAUCCAUUAAUCCGCACUAUGCCAGCGUGGUGGACUAGGCCUAAAACCCUUCCUUCAUUGAAAAUCCGUGCUCCAUCAGUGGGGACGUCGUUAUGAUGAGAUGAGGUUAGUUGUGCCUGAUAGAAGGAAAUUAACAGGUCGGCAGCAUUGGUCAUUGGAAAGUGCGUCAAUGAAUAUCUGCCUACCCCGCAAGGGAGGUAUACAGCAGGGGCGUGAGUGUGUAUGUGUCCGACACCUUUUAAUUGAAGAAACUGUAGUAAAAUAGUUAGUAACUCAAGCGUGCGCUCUUGAAUAGCAUUAAUUUGUACCUAGUCAGUAAUUGAUCUGUUAAAUGGUGCAUGAAAAUUUUGAUUUGGCACUUCAAGAGCGUCUACAUAAAGGUCAUAUUAGGUAUAUUAUGGAACAGUAUGCACACCAAUAUGUUCAAUUGUUUAAAGGAGAAAAUUUUACGCUGUGAAUUGCAUUAUCUGGAAAUUAUUAUUUUAAUAAUUAAUUAUUACUUAUUAUAAUGUACAAAAGCAUUCGUUAUGUAUUAAAGGUAUUUAUAUUUGCAGUAGGUAUCAAGUCGAAGGUUUCAAAGCCCAUUACAUUAAACUAAUAAAACUAGAGAAAAACUACCAAAUUCGCCCGCAAUUAUAAAUACGUACUUAAGUAAUUAAUUAAAUAAGGAUAGGUGUAAUAAUAAUGCUAUAUAUGAAAUAUAAUCGCCGUAUAAGAAGGUACAUAGACACGCGAUUAGUUUUCAGACGAGCAGUGCCAGAUUAGGCAGCGAUUAUACAACAUCCUGUACAUUGCAAUCAUGAAGUUCUUGUUCACAUUGCUUCUCCCAUGGCUGGUGGUGAGCACCGCAGUGGCUCGGAGGAUCCCCUCCCCUUAUGAGCGAUACGAGGGGGAUAAGGCUCAGGUGACCAGGUGGGGAUACCAACAACACCAUAACAACGGAGGCAGCUACAAGUACGAAAUGCAAACUAAAGUUGAAAGCCCUAAGGAGGAAAUGAAACCCAAAAAAGAAGAAAUGAUGUAUGAAGAACGCCCUAAGGAAGAAAGCAAACCUAAAAGUGAAGAAAUGGAGAAGAAAUCUGAAAUGAAACAUGUUGAGCCCAAGGAAGAAAACAAACCCAUAAGCGAAGGCUACUACAUGUACGAAGGUGAGAAGAAAUACGAGGGCAAACAUGAACAUGAAAGUCAUAAGUACGAAGAACCCAAAUACGAGCCAAUUUACCGGAAAGUUGAGGUAACAGGUCAUGAGGACAAAUACGAUGAGAAGAAAGAGAGCCACGGCCUUAAAUACGUGAAAUAUGAAAAAUAUGAGCCUCUGAUUCUUGGUCGGUUUGGACUUGGGUUCGACAAGCGUACAGCGUCUUCCACGGGGCUACAGCAGCCACUCACUGUUGACUACGAGCUGGUGGUAGUCGGGCGCGACUACUGGGGCCGUUGUCGCUCCGUCUACAAGGACCCAGCAGGAGAUUACAUUUUCUGUGUCCCAGUUAGACAGUGAAAAAGUAGGCGACAAGAUGAUUCCUUGAGGAACACCUGUUUAUAUUUUAUAUGAAUAUAAAGUGAUUGUGUUACUCCAGGUGGUUGUCUUCAGAUGCUCUGCUUUUACUUUUGAUUGCAUGAUGUUUAAAAUCGUGUUGUUUAUCUCUCUCUUUAAUAUAUUUUGUACUGCUGUUAUACCUAUUGUUUUUCUUUUGGAUGCCCAACGGAGUACAUAAUAGUUAUUAUAAACUAGGUAAUUGAAUACAACUUAACACCUAAUGAGUACACCGUUUAGUGGAUUUCCCCAACUUGAUCUGGCUGUUUGAGUAUCAAACAAGUUCAGUCGUUAGAGCAUACUAGUACCUAAGAGUUACUGUUUAUAAAAGAAUAUUAACCGUGAUACAUAGUUGUGUAUGCGUAGUAGUUUGUGCAAUGAAAUUAAGAAAAGUUGUAAGUUUUGUCCCUUUUUAAAACUAGGUUUACUAAAGUUGUUCCAAAUAUAAAGUUUAAGUUCAUAAAGCUUAAUUAUUUCAGGUAUUGGUAAUUAGUGUUUUAUUUUCAAUGGCGAUGGCUAACAAGCCACAUCGACGAUAUUUUGGCCUCCAUAAAGACCAACCACUUGAUGAAAUAAAUGAUCGUAUAUCAUUUCAAUAUGAAUCAACAAAGAAGCCUGAUACCAGCACAUCUAAUGUGAAUAUGGGAAGAAUAAUAUCGACGUUUCCUGAAGAUUUUCCAGAUCCAACUACUGAACCAAUAAGUACUACCACAACUGUUGCUAAUCUAUAUACUUCUACGUUGGCUGAUGCCACUACAAUUCCAGUUGGAGGAUUAAAACAUAAUAAACAAACUAAUAUUGAUCAGAUAAAUACAAUUCCUGUUGAAAGUACCGAAAAUUAUGCAAUCAUGAAGCCAAAAGACAUUGAAUACAAACCCUCAACCAUUCAAGAAACGACAAAAAACCAAAGCAAUAUUGAAUUAACGUCAAAAGGUGAGAACGUGAAAGAUUUAAUUGAUGAAGUUGCUAACAAUACAUCUGUGAAUAUUACGAAACCUGGUCUAAAUAGUAGGUUUGGAUACAAUACUGACUAUAUUCUAACACCUGUAGCAACUAUUCAAAAUAAUAAUCUAAAUGUUCCAGCUAAUAACUUUAUGCUCAAUACUAAUGGAGCAAACUAUAAUCAAAACAAUGGUGUUCUACUUACCAAUUUAGGACAAGGAAACCCUGAUGCGAUAAAAUUUCCUAGUGAUACACCAACUGAUAUAUCAAACAAUCCAUAUCCGGGUAAUCUUAACUCUGGGUAUGUAAACAGUCUACCUACAUCUCAAACCAAUGUGAUCAACAAUAAUCCAGGAUAUAACACUAAAAUUAACAAUGUACAGACUGUUCCAAUAUCUUUCGGAUCCAAUCAAAUUCAGGCAGUCCCAGUUAUGGGAUUUCUACAAAAUACUGGCAAUAAUAAUAAUCAAGGGUACACGAACAUUCAAAUGCCAAAUAACGGCUAUAACCAAAUCACUUUUCCUAAUAAUAAUGCUCAAAUAGUUAAUAAUGGUAUCUUCUAUCCAAAUAACAAUAAUAAUUAUGCUGCGACUAACUAUCCACAAAAUCAAAACUAUCAAUCAUUUGCACCUCCAGUAGUUAACAAUGGUCAAAGCAAUAGUGUUUCAAAUAAUGGUCAACUGUUUCAGCUAGUAAACGUGCCUAGUAAUAAUUUCAAUUCUCCUAACGUACAGUCAAACAAUUAUUACGUUCCCAACACACAAAACCAAUUUGUUAAUGGCCAACCAACAAACACGAUGCAACCUGGAUUUAAUAACAAUAUAGUAACGUUUAACAAUCAAAAUUAUCAACUGGUGCCAUUGCAGGGAGUUAGUGGUAAUGUGGCAAAUAAUCAAAUACCGAUUAUGAGCAAUCCUCAGAAUGUGAACUAUGUCGGGGCUGGACAGAGUCAGGUGCUUAUCCCCAAUAAUGGGCAGAGUCUAAAUAAUAACAACCAGAUGCUUCUUGUUAAUAACGGCUGAUGAUAUGCACAGUAGCCUUAUGUGUAUCGUACCUACUGAAAUUGGGAUGUUCCAACUUUUUUAAUGGGUUAAUACAGUAGAUAAUAAGUAUUCUAUAAAGGUCAGGGUAUCCCUGGAAGUAUGAAUCAAACGAAAUAAAGUAGUUCUGAUUCAGGGGAACUGAAUAACUUCUGUUCUACGA